GCUUCGAUCGUUGCCAAGAGGAAGCGGAAAUAAAUCUUCCGAAGCCGCAGAUUUCUGCCACUGUCUAAAGAUUUUUUGUUUGUUUGUUUACAUUUUUAGAGCUAUAAUAAGAAACUAUAAAACAUUUGCAGGUGUUGACUCCUGCAGGCGUGUGUACGGUGUACUACGGCUGACCACUAGCGCUCAUCCCGCUGCACAAGGGAGGAGUGACACAAACACAAUGGGAGGACAGAAGAAGCACUGAUAACGCCGCUGUACAUCUGUGCCUUUAAACAAGCCUCCUACUGAAGCGGCACUAAUGUGGAACUGGUAUUUUAAGUGCAGGCCGGUGAUGCAGUGAGAAUCGAUUGGCACUGUGAUAAAUGCAUCUGAAUCUGCAGUAGGGCAUUAGUAGUGUAUUGUCUUAAGAUUUCAGUUCUGUCCUUACAAUGGAUUUCCCUUUCGACCUGAAUGCGCUUUUCCCCGAGAGAAUUACUGUGCUGGAUAACAACUUGAGUGCAGGUCGGAAAGCGCACGGGAGACCAGAUCCUCUUCUUCACAUCAGCACAGUUAUAGAUGAGCUGGGCAAAGCCUCCUCUAAGGCCCAGCAGCUGCCUGCUCCUAUAACCAGUGCUGCAAAGCUCCAGGCCAACAGACACCAUCUCUACCUCCUGAAAGAUGGAGAACAGAACGGCAGGAGGGGUGUUAUCGUUGGAUUUCUGAAGGUUGGCUACAAGAAGCUGUUUUUACUUGACCAACGGGGGGCGCAUUUGGAAACCGAGCCUUUAUGUGUGCUGGAUUUCUAUGUGACAGAGACGCUGCAGAGACAUGGCUAUGGUCUCGAGCUCUUUGACUUCAUGCUGAAACACAAACGGGUGGAGCCUGAACAGAUGGCGUACGAUAGACCUUCUCCUAAAUUCCUGUCAUUUCUAGAAAAGCACUAUGAUCUCAAGAACAGUGUGCCUCAGGUGAAUAACUUUGUGGUGUUCAGUGGAUUCUUCCCGAGUAGAUCAGGAACACCUCCCUCCCCUUCGACGGAUCAGGGGAUGUACGGCUUUUUCGGUCCAAUUGAGAAAAGUUCCCCCAAAAAAGCCAGAGGGAGAGAUCAAACCGUAUUCACUAAUGGAAAGAGAAGUGGUUCGGGAGGAGCAGAGGGCUCUCCCCUGGCCGUUCGUUCGCCCCGCGGGUCCCCCCCACUCUCCCCCUCUGCUUCCGUCAUCUCCUCAAUCCCGUUCACUCAGUGUGGGAUCCUCCCCCAGCCGGGCCCCGCUCCGCCCCGCCGCGGCCCCCGGGACCCCCUCUUCCCAGCUCAACGACAGCUGCAGGGCAAAGCGCACCAGCCAUCAGGGUCUGGUUGCCAGGAGCAACCUCUACAGUCGCCAUAUCAACAGCCGAGACCUCGGGCAAUUAUUGGCAGAACAGCAGAACCCCUUGAAGCUUCCAGCUGUCGUGUGUGCUCCUCAGGGCUGAAAGCAGAGCUCUGUGAGAGAGUGUGUGACACAGGGGCAAACGCAGAUGCAGUGGAACACAAACACACUUCAGAAAGCCCGCAUCUUCAAGGCCAGGUUGUGUCUCUCCCGACAAUUGCCACCGCCAAGAAAGAUCAUGUUCAGGAGCAGACCUCCAUAACACCCCUGGACCGCAAAGAAGAGCUGCCUACCAAAGUGUCUCAGAACAGAGCAGAGGACUGGAGGAAAGGUGGAGCUGCUGAGAUGGAGAGGGGCGGAGGGAGAGGCGGAUGGUCGUGGACGGUUGGGGAGAGCCGCUGUACGGCCCAGUGGGUCCGACAGAAACAAGAGUAUCGCAGCACGCGGCCCUGGUGACGGAAGAUGUUAAAGGGCUGAAUUUGUUGGACGACUGGCUGUACUGCUCACAGGCCGUGUAGAACUGCAGGUUUUCCUCACUGAACUCGGAUCGCAGGAACGCUUCAAAGACUGUGGAGCCCACUGAAGAGAAGACGGAUUGCGAGACUCUGAAGUGAGAAAAUAGAAGUCGGACGGGGACAGGACUCUGGAGUUACAACAUACUGCUGUUCCCACAUUUCAACCAGUCCAGACACCAAAACAAAGGAUGUUACACACUGGGUGUCAACAUUUUUAGAAAUGUUGCCAUGUUGCUUUCAGAAAUGUUGUAAUAUGGAAAAUUCAUGUAAUAGCAAUUCAAUAUACUGAAUCUUACGGCUUUGAUAAAUUAAAAAAAAUAAAAUAAAUAAAUAAUACAACUAAAUAAAUUCUACAAUAAACUGAAUAUCAAUUCAACAGAUUACAUGAAAUGUAUGAUUACGGUAUAAUUUAAAGUUUUAUCAUUUAAGAGGUAUCACAGCAUUAACAUUUUCAAAGCUAGAAAAUAAUAAUUACAAAAUAUACAUUUCUAAUAGAUCUCUCUCUGAAGAACAUAGGAUUUAUGUUUUUUUCCCCAUUAAACAAUACCCUAUUCAAAGAAAGCACCUAUUAUGUAUACACAGUGGGUACGGAAAGUAUUCAGACUCCCUUAAAUUUUUCACCC